AGCAGGAUGUGAGCUGACCGCUAGUCUUCUUGACCAUGUUUUUCAGUGCGGUUGCCAGGAUUCAGUUCCGUCUGCCUGACGGCUCGUCCUUCACGAACCAGUUCCCAUCAGAGACGCGCCUGCUGGAGGCCCGACAGUUUGCUGCUCAGGAGGUUGGGAACCGAUACGGUCAGUUCUCUCUGGCCACCAUGUUCCCCCGGAGAGAGUUUACAUCUGAAGAUCUGGAGAAAUCACUGCUGGAGCUGGAUCUGGCCCCCAGCGCCUCCAUCGUGCUGCUUCCUCAGUCCAGCCGCCCGUCCAACACUGUGGUGCACUCGUCUGCGGGCGGAGGGGUCUGGGCCAUGCUGGGGUCACUGCUGUACACGCUGCUGGCCGUUUGGAGGUUCAUCAGUGGCUUCCUGUUCAGCAGCGCUCCUCCACCUGCUGCCGCCCAGAACCAACAUGCGACAAACGAGAACGGCUCCAGCGCUGCUGCAGAACCAAAGAGGUGCAUCUGUGACCUUACUGUUAUUUAAAUGACCUCACUUUAACCGACUGUUACUCCACUGUGAC